UGCGUUCUCCUGCUCUGAUAAUGCGUCACACGACAGACGAAAGCUGAGCCCCGGUUCAUCGGAGUGGUGGGACGCCGCCCCACCAUCCACCGGCUUUCACUCCACGCCAAGACGACCAUCCUUCGAUUUCCGCUGCGACCAACCCAUGAACUCAUUUCAACCAACUGUUGCUAGCGCAUGCAAACUCGACGAUUCGGCUGGUCAGGCGUCGGCUGCCGGAGCGAACGGCAAACCCUCCAACGGAACAAUCGCUGGAGCCAGCGGGACGCCGAGCUCCGGCCUUCAGCGGUCAUUUCGGGACAGAUUGAGGUCUGAAAUUGGUAGUUUUCACGAUGCCGUUGCAGACUCGAACUCGCCUCAUCGUCGCGUUGGUCACCGCAACCCGAUCCGGUACCGGGCCGUGCACGUCGUGGUGACCCUCGAAAGAGGCCUAGCCCGUCUUGAGCGUCGGACCGGCCCCGUGAAGGGCACCCGUCGUCUGGUCAUGCGAUUUCACGGCGAAACCGAUGCGGGCUGCAAUGGCUCUUGGUCUGACCGCCGACUCGAGCUGGGCUUGCUUCGGCUUCUCGGCCUUGGUCUUAAGGGGACACGGAAGGGUGCAUUGUGCACUGUCUCCUCUGCCUUUGUUGUCCUGUCUACCGUCACCGUCCGUCGA